AUGAAUUCUAAAGUGACACCUACCAACAAUACCAGUGCCGGAGACCCAUCACAGGAUGAUGCGGACUUCAACUAUUUCUGGAACUACGUUCAUGAUAACUUUUAUCAUGACACCUUGAAAGAACCUCUCACAAUAGAGGAGAAAAAGUUCUAUAGCUCUAUCUUCAGGGCGUUGGAUCCUGGCAAGUCAGGCCAGAUUUCUGGACUCGCUGCCAAACCUCUCUUAGAGGCAUCUGGAUUACCAUUGAUUACUUUAGGGGAGAUCUGGAACUGUGCGGAUCCCGAUAACACCGGAUUUCUUAAUCAGUUUGGCUUCUGCGUAGUUAUGCGUCUGAUUGCUCACGCUCAACAGGGUGAGUUGGUGACUCCUGAAGUGGCUCAGAGAGUCACUGGUUUGGCUAAAUUUCACACUAUUCCUGUUGCUACCACCGGGGGAAGCUUUGGAGGCAUGACAGGAUCAACUGGUGUGCCCGUUUCUGCUAGUGCCACGGGAAGCAGCUCUGAUCCCUUUUCUGGCUCUAGAAAGUCGUCUGGCGCUUCUGUCACUUCACCACCCGGAUCUCAGCUUGCUGUUCCUUUUCUGACUGCCCAACAGGCCGCCAAUUUUGGGGCUAUGUUUGACAGAACUGCUCAGGGACCCACCCUUCCUGGCUUACAGGCCAGAGAUAUCCUUCUGAAGGCAAGAUUACCUGUUCAAAUCCUUGAGAAAAUCUGGAAUUUGGUCGAUCUAGAUAAGAAGGGCCAAUUGACUAGACCUCAGUUUAUUGUGGCUAUGCAUCUUAUCAGAUCUUUUCUCAAUAAAUCGAUGGCUAUCCUUCCUACUAUUUUGCCAGAUCAAAUUUGGAAUUCUGCGAAGACCGUAGGACAAGCACAAGCGCAAGCGCAAAAACCAACACCGGAAUCGGCACCAACACCACCACCGGUACCAUCAACACCUCCUGUGGUACUAGGUGUUCCACCGGCUUUGUCCUCGGACUCUUCAUAUUCUGUUGCCUCAUCUACAAAUCUCGACACGUGGAUCAUGUCUCCUCAGCAACAGCAACAAUAUGGAGCCAUGUUUGAUUCUCUCGAUAGGGCGCAUACAGGCUCUCUUCUGGGUUCUCAAGUUGCAAACUUCCUUAUGACUUCCAAGCUCUCUAACGAUGUUCUUGCCACAAUUUGGGAACUGGCAAAUUUGAACAACCAGGAUGAUUUCAACAGGCAGGAGUUUGCUAUUGCGAUGUAUCUUGUUCAGAAGAAGCUUGCUGGGUAUCAGUUACCCGAGGAAACUCCAGUUGAACUUUGUCAGAGUAGUAAUUCCCUUGUGAACUCAAGCGGGGGUGUCUCACAGACUGCUAUAGCUGGGGCAGCCGCGUCUGAGCCGGAAAACACGUCUCAUAUGGAUGAUCUAAAAGAUAUAUUUGGCAACAGCAUUGAACCCAGUGCUUUUCCAAGCCUUCCCUCCAGGCCAGCUGCUCCCCCAGUUCCGGUUUCCAGAACCGCUACGACUCAACACGAGUUUGUUCCUUCGUCCAGCUUUGGAAAACAGCUACAAAUGCAGCAGAUCGAAAAGGAUACUCAAGCCAAACAAGCCACCAUAGUACAAACUCAAGACGAGCUGUCCUCCGACGAUGACGAGAGUCCUGUAGAUUUGGAUAAUCCCAAGCUUCCUCCUGUCAUUCCUGGCAGGGAUAACAAGCCCGUUUUCAGUUCUUCCGAAGUAUUUUCAGAACCACCAGCACAGAAUCCAGUGCCUGCACCAGCUCCAGUGCAGACUCCGCUUUCUCCUCAAAAAUCCGUCGAACCUACUGUCUUCUCUAAUCAAUCUACAGAAUUGACUGGUCAACCUUCUGGAUUCACAAACCAACCUUCUGGAUUCACUAGCCAACCGUUGGGAUUUACAAACCAAACUACAGGCUUCAGUGAUACCGGGUCAUAUGGAUCUGCAGGAGCCGAGGGGACUAUUCAAGAACAGCUAAGUCAAGCAACUGUGAAUAUUGCCAAUUUCUCGAAUCAGAUCAACUCGUUGAGUCAUCAGAGUGCCAACAUGAGCAUCAGAAAGGGUAAAGCACAGAAGGAAUUAACGAGAGUGUUGAAAGUGAAGGAGGAUAUUCAAUCAAAGCUUACCCAGAUGAAGUCCUUGUAUCAUACCGAGACUCAGAGUGUUCAGGGGACUGAAAACAAACUGAUCGAGGUCAGCGAGGAGUUGAAGAAUUUGCAGCAAGAGUUAUCUAUUGCGGAAGCCAAUCACCACUCUGAAGAGGCCAAAUUGAAAGACCUUCAGCAAAGAUGCCGCGAGGCCUCAGAAAAGAAAUUGGUUAUGAAGGAUCAAUUGAUUACUCUCAACCAGGAGACCGAACAGCUUCAAACUCAGAUCGUACAAUUGAACUCGCAGGCCACCCAAUCACAGAAUCUUCUAGCAGUAGCCGAAGGCCAGGUUUCCUCUCAGAAGUCUAAAAAUGUUGCUUUGAAACAACAGAUUGCAGAUUUGACUUCCCUCAUUCAGACUUUAAUGACCAGGCGAACUGGCUUGUCCGAAAAGUAUGAUCAACUUGAAGACGAAGCAUUGGAGCUUCAUGACAAGCAUACUGAUUUGAGCGUAGAGUAUGCAGAAAAUAACUUGUCAUAUUCCCAGGCCGUUUCCAGUGGGGCUGAGAUUCCUAAAGAGUCUGAAUUCGAAGGCGAAGAAACUGAAGUUCCAACUGCUUCGCUUGAUGACUUUGAUGAGAAAGAACUAGAUGCUGGGUUGAGAGAGCCCGUGAAGACCGAGCCAGAAGAAGCUACUAAAUCCGUUGAAACAGUGGCAGAACCAGUGGCAGAACCAGUGGCAGAACCAGUGGCGGAACCAGUGGCGGAAACUACAAAUAAGGUUGAAUCAGAUGCCCGGGUUGUUGAACCUGAGUUUAUUUCAAGUACCAAUAAUCCUAAGGACACCAUCGUGACCGAACCUGUUGCUAAUGCUACGAAACCGGCAGAAUCUGCUGCUAUAGAGUCUAUAGGAUCAGGUGCCAAGUCUGUGGCCAGCAUCGUAAAAUUGGAUUCUGAAGAGGGUGCUAACAUUUCCGAGUCGACUUUGCCACCAAAGACAGCCAUUUCCUCCAAGAAAAAUACGGCUCCUGCUACCGAAUUCGUAUUUGAUGCCAAGAGACCUCCUGAGGAAGACAACUCAGCGGAGAACUCACCUUCUUCAAAGAGUCAGGCGGAAUCCUUUGAGAUGCUUAAUCAUGAAGAUGCCGAGCCAGAACAGAGAGGGUCGGAGGAACAGACUGGAGUGGAAGAAGAACCCCACACAGAGCCAGAGACAAAAGAUGAUGACGAGACACCUGCCGUUCAAGAAAUCAAGACCGAAUCUGUCGCUUCCGCUGCCUCUACUGGACUCAUAUCCCCAAACUUGUCGUCUUCCGGCCUUAUAUCUUCUGGAAUAAAUAUGCCAGGAGGAUUUUCGGGUAUUCUUCCUUCUUCCAGUGUUAGCCAAUCAUCGGAACGAGAACUUGUGAGAGACUCUUCGAUAGAUGACGAGUUUCCACCAAUUCAAGAGCACCAUAUAAGCGAUUCUGAAUCAUCUGAUGAUGAUCAUUUUGAAGAUACUCUUUCAACACCUGUCAAAAACGAAAAGGAACCUGACGAUCAGGUUGAGGAGGAGAGAAAAUCUGAGUUUGGAGAUGAAGAAACUCGAACAGAGAAGGUUCAACUUGCCGAGGCUGCCCCCGUGAUCUCUUCUGCCCCUGCUGUCUCUACUAAUCCAUUUUCUGGGUUUGAAGAUCUUGGCCUAGAAGAAGCUAAGGCUGAGGAUAACGAGAACAGUGAUAACUUUGAGCAAUUUGACGGCGAUUUCAGCGAUCCUGUUGGCUUUUCUUUUACCCAAACAGAUUCUGUGGAUGCUCCUGUUCAGCCUAGUAAUAGUGCGGUGGCUUCUACAAACGCUGGUGAAACGGGCGACGACUGGGAGCAGGUGUUUGCGGGCUUUGGAAAUGGUCCAAUCGACUCUUCUAAGGUUCCAGCGCAGACAUCAGCUUUUCAGGCGUUUAGUACUUCUCCCUUGCCGGAUUCAAGCUUUACCAACGUUCCAUCAAACUCGACUACGCCACCAAAAUAUGAGUACUCUCAGUCACAGACCUUGGCAAUAGACGAGUUGAAUGGUAUGGGCUUUGACAAAGAAAAGUCUGUCGCAGCUUUAAAGAAGAACGGCUGGAAUUUAGACGAGGCUACCAACUUCUUACUAGACUCUGCGUGA